AUGCCAAACAGCGUAUUUGGCUAUCAUCAAGAGCCGGACUACGUUGCUCCAGACGUUUCAAACGUCUUCCCAACCAAAUUCCAACCGCAAAAUACUACCGAUACCCCGGACUCUCUUUUCGUGAAUGGGAUGGUGCUGGAUCCUGCUUCAUUCAAACCCGCUGGAUCCAUAGGCAUUCGGACUAAGCAUUACCGAUUUAUGAGUCGAUCCGGCAAUAAAGACAUUCUAAUUUCUACUGAUGGCGCAUGUCUCAAUAAUGGACAGGCAAAUCCAACAGCUGGAUGUGCUUUCGUGUUCAGACCAGCUACUCUUGGAAAUCAACCAGUCAAGUACGGCACAUUUUCAUUGCGACUCGAGGACUGCGGUCCAAAAGGCGAUUCUCAAGCACAGACUAGCAACCGAGCCGAGCUACGAGCUGUAAUUGCUGCCCUCCAGUUCAGGAUCUGGGUUGGAGAAGGCUGGAAGCGCCUCAUUAUCGCCACGGAUUCUGAGUAUGUUGUUAAGGGCGCAACAGAGUGGAUACAGGGCUGGCAGCGCAAGGGAUGGGUUACUGCGAAGAAGGAGCCAGUGAAAAACAAAGAUCUGUGGGAACUGCUGUUGAAGGAGGUACGAAAACAUGCCGCGAAGGGGUUGGAGAUAUUGUUCUGGGCUAUUCCGAGGGAGCAGAACUCGGAGGCUGAUAAAGCUGCCAAAGACGCGGCUUCGUUGAAGGACGUUCCGAAGUUCAUGAAGUAUACAGGUGUCAUGUGUAAGCCGGACGAGAUGGCGACCAUGGCGGAAUUUUAUGAGGACACGGAUUAG